AUGCGAUUUUGGUGGGACAAAGGAGACAGAAACAGAGGCAUCCCAUGGGCGGCUUGGAAACGUCUACAGUUCUCUAAGAAGAAUGGAGGACUAGGUUUCAAAGACUUACAAAAGUUCAAUGAUGCUCUGUUGGCAAAGCAAGCCUGGAGAUUGUUGAAACAUCCCAAUACUCUAUUUGCAAGAUUAAUGAAAGCUCGUUACUAUAAAGAUACAUCUAUCUUGGACGGGAAGCAUCGAGCGAAUGAAUCCUAUGGAUGGAGCUCAAUUGUUACAGGACUAACACUCUUAUAA